GUGAUGCUACAUCCGGUUGCCGGUUCUGCAGUGUUUUAGCAGUGUGUUGAUGAUGUUGGACGAGGCUGUGGGCAGACGUGUGUGUUGUGAUGGAGAAAGAGGAACCGUCCGUUAUGUCGGUCCAGUUCCUCCCACUGCAGGUGUGUGGUUGGGAGUGGAGUGGGAUCAUCCAGAGAGAGGAAAGCAUGAUGGCAGUCAUGACGGAGUGCGAUAUUUCACCUGCAGGCACCCGACGGGCGGCUCUUUUGUGAGGCCCCAAAAGGCCAGUUUUGGAGUGGAUUAUGUGACGGCUCUGAAGCAGCGCUAUGAGGUGGAGAUAGAGGAGGUGACGGCAGAAGAGAUGAAGAUCUCCAGCAAAACUGUCGUCAUGGUCGGCUUUGAGAAUGUCAAGAAGAAGCAGAGUGUGAAGAACCUGACAGAAGUCGGUCUGAGGAGAUGUGAAGUUUCAGCUCCGGGCCCAGAGAACGAGAUCAGAAACACAACACCAUUCGUUCAGUCUCUGGAUCUUUCUGGAAAUCUGCUGAGCUCAUGGGAAGUGCUGGCAGCCAUUACGGAGCAGCUGGACUCCCUGCAGGAGCUGCAUCUCAGUCACAACAGGUUGAGCAUCUCCAGCGCCCCCAGUUCUUUAAGCUCCGCCUUCUCCCAUCUGAGGGUCCUGUCAAUCAACAGCUGCGCGCUCACCUGGACUCAGGUUCUUCAUUGCGCCCCCAUGUGGCAGCAGGUAGAGGAACUUUAUCUGGCUGACAACAACAUCACAGAAUUACUAAGACCAGAACACGUGCUACAGGCGUUAACAGUUCUGGAUCUGUCCAAUAACCAAAUAGCCCAGGAGACUGUACUGGAAAUCUCACAUUUACCCCGGCUGGAGAGGUUGAAUCUGUCGAGCACCAGUUUAUCAGAAAUUAAGUUCAGUGAUGUUCCAGCAGGCAAGAAGACAACACUUUUUCCUGCCUUGAAGGAACUUUUACUAGACGACAACAACAUAUCAGAGUGGCGUGUGGUAAAUGAGCUGGAGAAGCUGCCGUCUCUGGUUUAUUUAUCCUGCAGGAGGAACCCGCUGCUGCAUAAAGAGAAAAACCUGGAGACGGCGCGACAAAUAAUGAUCGCACGGCUGGGUCAACUAGAGCUGCUCGACAUGAGACAGAUUUUGUCGGAUGAGCGGAGGGGUGCGGAGCUGGAUUACUGUAAGAUGUUUGGAUCUGCAUGGCUGAGGGCUGGAGGUCACAGAGAAGCGGAGAAAAACAACCCGAACACAGACUUCAUGACUGAACACCCGAGAUACCUCACGCUCAUCCAGAAGUAUGGCGCUCCAGAUGAGGGCGAGCUAAGAGAACAGAAACCAUUUGCUCUAAAAAAUCAAUUAUUAACCAUAACGUUUCUUUGUCCAGAGGAUUUGGAGAGGAAGCCCAUUGAGAAGAAGCUGCCAGGGUCGAUGAUCGUUCAGAAGGUGAAGGGGCUUUUACACCGGCUGCUCAAAUUACCAGGAGUGGAGUUAAAGCUCACAUACACCUGCGCCAAGAUGGCUGACAGAGAGAUUGAGAUUGACAACGAUCUGAAGCCGCUUCAGUUUUACUCGGUGGAGGAUGGCGACAAAAUCCUGGUGCGCUGGUCCUGAUGAAACCACAGUGAUUUGUGGGAAAUAUGAGUUUUAUAGACUGAGCGUCACACUAAUCCAAAAGAUUUACCAGCUUCUGCACUGACCACCAAAACACAUCACGGAUCAUAACAAGCAAAUGAGAAUAUUCCCUGUUACUGGCCUCCAUCAUCUCCACAUUUGUGUUUACAAUUAUAAAACUACACUUUAGUGGAAGAACUCAAUACAGCAUCGCCAAACUCUCAACUUUUAAUACAUAGUGCAGAGGUCACCAAGGGUUUAGCUCCAACUUGCCUCAACACACCUGCCUGGGUGUGUCAAGUAUACCUAGUAAGAGCUUGAUUAGCUUGAUCAGGUGUGUUUGAUUAGGGUUGGAGCUAAAAGGACACCGGCCCUCCAGGAACAAGUUUGGUGACCCCUAAUAUAGAGUAUAACUGCAUUAUGUUUGUGGAAAUCAUUUCAGUCUGUCCCCACCAGGUGGAGCUGCAUGAACCCAAUGUGCCUGGAAAGACUCAAGAAAAUCAAUUCAUAAGAUAAAUCUAACAUAGAAAUGCACAGCUCAUGUUCACUCUAGUGUCAUUAUUCUGCUUGUCUUUUUAAAGUUAAAAUAAAUUCAGUAUAACACGUCAUCAAAUACACUUGCAAUACUGCUGUGAUGUUUUCUUAUUACACUUGGCAAUGUACUUGGUAAGCAUUUGCAAAUUAAACCGUAUGUAAAAAAAAAAAGUGUUUUUUGUAAAAUAUAUUAUUAUUUUUAUUCUUUCUGCCACAAUAAAAAGCAACAAAAACGGAAA